AUGGCGAAGCGCGGUGCAGAAGAGCAAUCGGUGUCGAAGAAGGCGCGUGUGGAAGAGGACGCUAUGGAGCAGGCAGUGGCCAAGUUGGGUGAGUUGCGUGACGGCUUGGCUGGGUUCGCGACGGAGGUGGAUGCGGUGGACUUGAAGAUAUCUGCAGCGCACGCGUUGUUGAUGCAUCAGCAUUGGCCGGAGCUGAAGGCGAUAUAUGCGCGGCGCGAUGCGUUAAUCGAGAAGGAGGAGGGCGUGUGGGGUAGGUUGAUAUGCUCGCAUCCGGUAACGAUGAUGGGUCUGGUUGCCCCGAUUGAGGUCAAAUUCCUUUGUGAUUAUCUUCAGCGUGUUGAGUUGAACGAUUACCUUGACGCACACGGUUCUUAUGAGCUCGUCUUCCACUUUAAGCCGGAGGCCUCCAAACUGGUCGAACCCACCACGUGGAGGAAGAAGGUCGUGAUUAAGGAAGAUCUGGAAACCGUCGACGAAGAAAAAACUGAAGUUACACAGCUCGUCUUCAAAGACGACAGCUGGAACCCUGUAAACAACGCCGCCGAACUCCGAGCCGAACACAAAUCGGAAAAUGCAGACGAAGAAGACCUACCCGUCUUCUGUCUCGCCAACUGGUUCUCCAAGAAAAACGCUGCUGAAGCUGGCGAAUUUGGCGAAGUCUUCCGCAAAGACCUCUAUCCCAACCCCGAAGAAAUUAUCUCAGCCAUGCUCGACGGCGACCACGAAGAGUCCUCCGAAGAUGAUGACGAAGAUGAUGAGGAGGAAAAUGCCGCCCAGGAAAACGCCGAAGAAUAA